AAAAGUUUUAAGUAACUUGUUUUCAGAAGUUUUUGACUUUUUUUUCUCAUCUCAUGUGGGGGGAUGUAUUUUGUAUUUUAUUGUUGGACUUAAUAAAGUUUCCCUUUAAAUAGCAAAACUCCAGACUCUCGUCUUAUUGCCCUAUGUUCUGUAUUUCUGUGUUCAGUCUCUUCUUUCUUGAAUUGAAUUUUGCUCAUCUUUUAUUUAUUUAUUUAUUUUUUAUCUCUGUUGUAUUUCCUUUAGUGGAAUUUUUUGUUUUCUUACUAGUUUUAUUCUUAAUGUCUUUCAUCUACACUCCCUCUUGAACAGCAUGUCAGCUGUAGAAAAGUGCUAAUAAUGACUGACUUUAGAGUACUCGUGAAGUUUUCCCCUUUUUGCCGCUGCUUUUCUGUUUACAUUAUUCUUUUUUGUAAUUGCGUUCUUUUACUGCCUUGUUCCUCAUUUUCUGCACUAUUUAUUCUGCCCCUCUCCCUUCUGCUAUCAAUUUGUCAAAUGUAGAAACGUGCUGCUGAGAAUGAUAAUUUGCCUUUCAGUCCUGCACGUUGUGAGGCUUCCAGUUUUGGCUCAACAAUACAAAAGCAAAUAAGCUUAACAAAGCAAAUAAGCUCUGUGUUUAAAAAAGGGGGUUUCAAAAAGUACGGACUGAUUUACAUGAUUUUUUUUUCUUUGUUAUUAUUAUUAGAGGUGAGACUUGGCCCAACUAGAUGCAGGGACUGAAUUAAUGAAUAGCUUGGAGUUAUUUUUCAGCCUUAAUAGAGCCUCCAUCUCACAUUAUCCAGCAUCCUCUUCAGUCACACCAACCCUCUCCAUGUCCUCCUCCACUACAUCUGUGAAUCUUCUCUGUGGUCUUCCGCUUUUUCUCCUGCCUGACAUCCACCUUCAACAUCCUAUGUCCAGUAUUGUCUGUCUAACUUUGUCUCCUACUUCUCAGCCUGAGCUGUCCGUCUGAUGUACUCAUUUCUAAUCUUGCCCAUUCUGUUCACUCCAAAUGAAAAUUUUAAGCACCUUCACCUCUGCCCUCUUGUCUUUUUUGUCAGCACCGUCUACAAGCUAUACAUCACAGCAGGUAUCGCUACCAUCUCGUAAACUUAAGUUAAACAGACUCUUGCUGCACUCUGUAAUUAGCUCCUUAAUGACUCGGUCCAGUGGUAAACAGUUUGGUAUCCUUUCAGAAUAAAUGGGGAUAAGGUUUCGAAGAAAAAGCUUCCUUCUUCACUGAUAUUUUUUCCCCUUACACUCAUUCUCCUUUGGCAGUUUAGUGCAUAACUUUUGAAAACUGUGACUAAUUAUGUUAGUUUGCUUUGGAGUUAUCCCUCAUUUCACAGACAAAUAACUCUUUGUGUAUGUGUGUGUUUUUCCAUGGAUCAUACUUAAGCAGACUUCAUUUUUUUUUCUUAUUUCUGGUUAUAUGUGGCCUACAUUCAAUCUUUUUCCACCUUCUUUAAUUUCCUUUCUCUUUUUUCCCCUCAUUUUUUCCACUUUCUCCUCUCUUGAUCUCUUGAACAGUGCGUGAUUAAGCAACCCUCUUUGCAGCAGAAAUAGUUUUAAAAAACGAAAAACUAUUUCCUCAGUCAUUUUAUUUAUAAGCAUUAUUUGCUAAUGUUUUCUCAUCUUCUGUUAGCACUUGUUGUACUUUCUUCUUCCUUAACACCAUAAAGUCCUACACGAAUGCAGCUUGCUUUACUUUCCCGUAGUUAUGUCUUCCUCCUUUAGGUAGCACAUGGCAUGUCCAAACAUUGAUUUUCUUUUUCUUUACAAUUGUGACCUACAAAUGUAUUACAAAUAUCAGAAGCGAGUGACUAAAAGAUGCAUAUAAUGCAAGAAAAGCCUCAGUAAUCGGGAUGAGGGAGCUCCGCGGUGAAGCGCAGACACAUCUGAAGCGUCUGCCGCCUGGCGGAGCGCACAGCGCGGUCAGCCUCCUCCCGCAGUCGCGCCGCUGAAUCUGGAUACUUGUCUCCUCUCAGCUGUAUUUUCCUCCUCUCCACCUUUGUGCUGUGAUCGGCUCUCCCAGUCUGUUUCUCACACCCACCCCGGUACCCCCCAUCCGCACCCCUCCUCCUUCCCACCUCCAUCCCACCCUACCCUACCCCAUCCACCGCCACCCCCUCUCCUCCUUUUAGCAUCUGAAAAGACCACUGAGUGAGAAUCGAUGGCGCAGAGGCCCGCUUGACAGGACAAUAAACCACAAAGAAGGGCAUCUUCACCGGCUACCCGCACCGUGAGACGCAGCGAUGCCCCAGCAGAGGGAGGUCUCGUCUCCGUCCCGCCGCCUCGGCCUGGCAUCCACCCGCCUCCAGACACUGAUGCCCGACCACGACUUCCCAUGAGGCCACCACCAGAACUCAGCUCGACCGCUCUGUAUGGGGCCUCUCACAUAUGAAUUGACAUGGAGGAUGAAGAUGGGACUUGUCUACUUGAUGUUUUGUGUGACCCCCAAGCCCUGAAUGACUUCCUUCAUGGGACCAAUGAGCUGCAGACUGAAGACCUGCUCAUUAACUCCUCCUCUGGGGAGCCCUCCCUCUUCACAGAUGCCCCGAGUCCUGUCUCUCUGCUGGGAGAUGGCAGGGACUCCCCAGACACACCUCCGCCUGAAUGUGUGGAUCUGUCCUUCCUGGAAGAGGCCCUCCUGUCAUCUCCAGAGGGUGGAGAAGACCCACAGGUGGUGCAGGGUGAGCCACCUGUGGAGGCAGCUUGUGAGGCAGAGAAGAGAGAAGUGGAGGAAGAGGAGGAGGCGGAGGUGGCAUGUGAUAUCCUCCAGCAGAGCCUACAGGAGGCUGAGAUCACUGAGCAGACCAUGGCUCUGGAAGCAGGUCUGGCACAAUCAGGGGACAGCCUGUCCCUGUACUCACCGGCCCCUCUCCUUUCUCCACCCACCGCUCCAUUCAUUCCUAAAUCUGUGACCUUGCCUGUGACCACGGCAUUGCCCAGAGACACCCAAGCAGCAGUGGAGCCUCCCCAGCCCUCCCUACUGGCUGUCGGGCCUGGAUGUCCUUCUUUAAAGCCUGCCGCCCCUCCUCAGCUGAUGGGGCUACUACCUGGAAAUGUAUUUCCUGCUCCUUCUCCAGAGACCUCCUUUUCUCUAAGUCCUGCCCAGGGCUCAAGUAUGAUCAUCCACAAGGCUGUGCCGAGCGUUGCCAGUCGACCUCUUAUAACUCCAACCCUGAGAGCAGCAGCAGCAGCACCGAGCAUCGUCCUGCAGCGCGCACCUCAUCCUAUACAGCCCAAGUUGCCCAUCAGCAUUCAGCCGAGACUGGUUCAAAUUAGCCCCAAGCCCUCUGGGCAGAAGCCCACUCCUGGUCUUACAUUCGUCCCUGGGACUGCCUCACCAAACAUUCUAUUGUCUCAAGCAGCGGGCCAAAAGACUGUCGCUCCGCCACCGCAGCCCACCCAGCAGCUCCCCAAACCAGUCAGCCUGCAGCUGGUCAAUCAGGGUGGCUCCUUUGUGCUGCAGCCUCAGGGACUAUUCCAAGGCCAAAACCAGUUCCUUCUUCCGGGCCAGUCUCCUGUUACAAUCUCCCAGCCUGUCAGUGCAGCACGACCGCUGCUGACACCCAGUCACCAAGGCUCAUCGGUUCACAGCAUGACCCCCUCCACUGGGCAGCUUGUAGAUGGCUCUCAGAUCUUAACUGUGCCCCAAAGACAGCUGAAUUUCAGCCCUGUGUUCACCACCGCAGCUGGGCAGCUAGCGCUCCGCCAGGCCACUGUGCUUUCAGGACCUUUGCAGCUACAGUCAGCACCUGCUACUGUCUUCCAGAUGCCAGCACAGCUGGCUGGAACCUAUGCUCCAGGAGGGCAGGGGCAACGUGCCACCCUGGUCCACAGUCCUGCUCUUGGAAACCACAUUACCUUGAUCAACAGUUCAGGGGUGCUUCCCCCAGAUCUUACUUCUAUCUCAAUUGUUAAUGGCCCCUCAAUGGUUCAGGGGAUGCCUUUUGCUGCCCAGGGCCCAGCUCCUCCGAGAGGAGUGACAGAAGGACAGCUAAACCUCCAGCAGGCCUCGGUGGUCCUGCUGCCAGAGAGAACUAUUCAAGAAGAGAGGACCAGCUCUGAGGAGACUUUUCACCAGCUACAACAGCCCUAUGGACACACUCUCCAGCACGUCUCUGUACAGCCCACCACUUCUGCAGGGCUGCAGUCCUCCUCUCCCCCUGUGGUUACAGUCCUACAGCCACCUCCCGAAGCACCUCUGGCCCCCGACCCUGCAGAGAUGCCCAAACUCUUGUUGCCCCCAUCAGAUAUGACCCAAGUGGUAGAGGAGGUGACCCACUCGAUGAGUCAGAACCAGGCCUUUAUGCAACAUCUGCAACAGCAAGCACUUAGUCCCCCGAUCACUUCUGAAUUGUUGGUUGGAGCGCUGCCGGUGGUGCCAAUGGAGUCGCUCGCCUCACCAGUCACAAGUGACAGAGAGUCCCAACCUCAGACCCAUGCAGUCUCCGGUCAGGACACCUGCACAGUGAUGUCAGACCAGUGUGCUGAGGUUUCUCCGCUUCACUCGGACCCUGAGAACACGCCACUGAUCUGCUCCCCCUCUCAGAUUCAGGACACUGGAAGACCAGCAGCAAGAACUUUUUCCCCUCCAACCGGCCCUCAGAUUGCUCUGCCAGGACCUGAGAAUUCAGUCCCCCAGACUACAGCUUCCCAGCCACACAGUGAACCCCUGGUUCAGUACGAAGUCCCUCAUCAGCUACAGGUAUCGCAGGCCUUGUUUGCCCACAACCAGUUGCAGAUCCAGUCAUCUGUUUCCAAGCCUCUGCCCCAGGCUCAGGCCUCAGUUUCACGGCCCCAACUAUCUGUUUCACAGCCUCAGCCUUCAAACCAUACUUCAAUCCACAGCAGUCAAUCCCCUCUGCCUGUCAGUGUCUCGGUGCCUCAGCAGCAGCCUAAUCCCACAGCUGCAUCUGCAGUUCUCUCCAAAGCAGGAGACGACUCUGCUGUCCAACAGCACACACAAAACAAGCCAACAGCUGCCUUGGCCGUGGAGAGUAAGGCAUUUACUCUCGAUGUCCAUCCACCCUCUCCUGCAGCCCAGGGGGUCCAGGGGCCCCCUGCUCCCAUGGAGUGCGCUCCCAUCCAGACAAGUCAGCAGACGAGCACCAAGCUGGCAGGUCCUCUGGAGCUGCAGAGAGAGGAGAGGCUCACACCAGCAAUGCGCAGGCACAGGUUCCAGCAGCAGCUUUGUUUGGACCAUGGAGCAGUGCAGGCUCCGCUCACUGGCCCAGCCUUCUCCACACUGAAGGACGCUGUUAGACACCUGCUGCCAUACCACACCUGCGCUGGUCACCUGCCCACUCAGGAUGACUUCAAUUUAGUGGACCAGGAGUUCGACACUGUGUCCGGUUUCCUGCUGAAACGCACCAAGGACAUGGUCAACAAAUACAGGCAGCUAUUAGUUAGAGAAGCCCAGCAGGAGAGUCCCUCAGCAGAGAUGGUAAUGCUGGAGCGUCUCUUCCUCCAGGCCGAGCGAUACGCUCUAGCGGAGGACAGACGGCGAGCCCGCAGAGACCCGGAGUCCUUUAUGACAGCUUUGGCUACGUCAGCGUCUUCCCCUCAUGCCCACUCCUCUGGCAGCCCCUCUUCUCCCCCAGCCUGGACCAGACUGUCCGACAGGCCUCCGGGACUGAAGACCUACCGCUCCAGCUCGCGGGGGGCUCUCAGACUCACCAUCAAGCAGGAGUCAGGCUCUCGUAAGGUGAUCCACAACUCGGCCUAUGACCCGGGACUCAAAAGGGACCACACGGGGCAGCUGACCAACGGUGGCGGGGCUGUGAACGAACGCCACUCUCAGGCACCCAACAGAGAACCCAAGCGUCCUGAGCAUGACGAGGAGAUGACCAACGGAGCUCCGCUCAGUAACACUGCUGAGCAAGUCUCACAGACAGCACCCACGUCCGUAAAAAAAGUCCCAAAUCCUCUUUCUAUGCCAGAGCCGCAGGAUGUGCGCUUUGAGUUGCCUCCCAGAGACGUCAGCGCUCCAAAACUGAAAUGUUUCAGGGUGGAUGCGUCACCUCGGGCCGAGCAGCGGUUCAGCCCGCCGCCUCCGCCUUUCCAAGAGGACAACAUGCUCAGUGAACAUCUACAGAGUGCCAUCGACAGCAUACUGGAGCUUCAGCGCCUGCAGGGCCCCUCUGCAGCCCCGACAAGGGCCACGUCAGGCCCGUCAUUGGACCAGGCUGUCACCAGCAUCCUGGAGGGACACCUGUGAGGUAAUCUGCAUAGACAGGCAUCCACACCGAUCCUAAAACAUCGAAGUUGAAAUAAAACAAAGGAAGGUGUACAAGACUUCUUACCUGUUCCCAGAAGGGUUUCAGAUUUUACAGAAAAAGCGAGGAGAAAAAAGUUAAGAGGCACUAUAAGCAGAUGCAUACCAGACAACAGCACUAUCUAUAGUCCGAUAGAUGUUAGAUACUUCAUUUUGAUGUACGUUUGUGGAAAAAAAAAUCUAUUUGAAUAGGAGCUAUAUUGUUUCAGUGGUAGUUGAGUCAUUCAGAGGUUUACGACACUGGUGUAACCUUCAUCAGCAUAUAGUAUAUAAGUAAUAGUGAGGCAAACGAAAACGUGGAGUAGACUGAGAUUAUUCAAUAGUUUUUUAUAAGAUUUCUUUCGAAAAUGUGAAGUUUUCUUUUGCAUAGUGCCAAGCUUCCAGGGUAUUUAUUUUGAUAAUCUGUGCCAAUUGUGUUUUGCGCAGCGAAGAUGUGCGUGCGUGUUUUCCUUUGGAUUGGUUUGCGUGGAUCAGAUAAGUGCGUGUGUGUUUGUGAGAGUGAGAGAGAAGACAUUGCAUCCUGCUAUGGGACAGUACAAAAAAAAAAAAACAACAAAAAAAAUAUAUACAAUUCCCGCAGGCUCCAUCAUCUCGGCUUAAUGAAUGAAACUCCAAAGAAUUUGUGCUACAUCCUGAAUACACCAGCAAACGUCCGUGUUGUGUCUCUUCCCACAAACUGGAGUGCGUCCUUGUUAUAGCAGAAAUAACCCGAGGGGGUUAAAAUACAUAUUAGGCAGUCAUGCUUUCUUAUUUUUCAUUUUUUUGGACCCUUGCUGUCACUUGUGCUAGAGUCUUAACUGUGAGAAAUCUCUAGUUUUCUGUGCGUUUUCAGAAACGAUAAUGGUUUCCCAUACUGUAUGUAUUAACAUGCAAGCAAUAAUAAGUUGGGGUUGUUGGGAGCAGUGGUGGUGCAGUGAAGAGGAGGAGAUGACAGAUCUUUGCCUGUUUUGCUUAUCGGUGUCAUUGGAUGAGAACGAAGAUUAUUUAUCAUUGACUAAGAUGCUUAUGCCAUUAUCAAAGCCCGUGUAGUUUAGAAAUUGUGUUUCUAACAUGUUUUAAGGGCUUUGAGGGUACUUAACUGCAAACGUGACCAUGAAAAUGUCCAUUUUAGGGGGAAAAAACCCCACCAAAACAGACAAACUGUACAGAUAUUGAGCCUCUCUGCAUCGUCAAACAGCCUUUGACCAAAAACUAGAGGAACCAUCCGCUUCUCAUCUCUUUAGAGUUCUUUGUUUCUAGCCCGCUGUCCUAAAGCUGGAGCUUUAUUUUACCGCAGCCGUUGUGGAGCAAUAUAUGAUUUUUGCGACAUCUUAUGUUAAUGUGACAAUCUUAUUGGUCUGUGUGAAGGUGUGAAUUCUGGUCAUUUUGGGGUCAUUUGUAACAGCUGUACGACUCUCCCUUGUGAAACGCGUGCAAGAUGUUCCUUGUGGAUUUUUGCCUAGAAGGUCGAAACGUACAAGCGGCAAAUAGUCUCCUUUUUUUGUGAUAUUACCUGAAAAUUUGUUUUAAAAUUUUGCUUUUGCAAACCCGUAAGGGAUCAAGGUUUGACUUGCAAAUUGGAAUUGUCGAGAAAAUGCCUUAUUUUAAUUUCAGUGUACCUGAAUUGGAGAAAAAGCUUAUUAAUGUGGUGUUUUUGAAUACUUUUGAAUAACAUCUGGUGUUCUGAAAGUGAAAAUAACUUGUCCCUUCAAAGAGAAAAAAAAAAAAAAAAAAAAAAAAAUCCAGAGAUUUGGGGCUAAAUCUGAAACUCAUUUCAUUUUUUUUUUUUUUUUUUUUGAAAUCUGUUAAAAAAAAAAAUAAAAAAAAAUUGUCUUUUGUCGCAGUGAACAAAAGGAGUUAAAUAUGCAGUAAUUUAGUGUUGAAACUCUGCGGGAUUACAAGUGGACACACACAAGAGGAUUCACUAAGGACUCUAAACUUUUAAAGUUUCCUGCAAAAGGUUAGAAGUGAAACCAUGUAUAUGCUUGCCAACAUAGACUGUAUAUAAAGGACGGACAUGGGCAAUUUGACACAUGCACUGUUUGUGAAGCCUUAUUUUCUUAAGCCUUUAGCUGAGUGUUUUUGUUUUGUUAUUUUUAACCCAGGUACCACAACAUGGGACAGAUCUCACUGUGAAAUAUAAGAUAGGGACUGAUUUGGCACCCUAUGAUUGCUAAUUGGGAUGAUUACCUAAAGUUAAGCCCAUAAAUUCAUCAGGAAAGUGUUUACUGGAGGUAGAAAUCAAGGAGGCUGAGGACCAUUUUCUAAGUCAAGGGGAGAAAAAAAAAAAGUCAAAAUUUCAGAUUAUUGCCUCAAAAAUGUCUUUUGACACUGAAGGUAGGAUAACCUCCAAUUUUCAGUGGCAGAAAGAAGCUUCUACACUUUUCCAAUUGACUUCUGUACAAGCAGACCUUUUUCACAAGCACAAGAGUCGCCCCCUGCAGGCCACUGAAAAGAAAAAUGAAAAUGCAGGUUUAAGGUGCUUCUGCAGUGAGCCUGAAACUACAGCCUUCUUUUAUAUACAGUCUAUGUAUGCUAACUUAGCAUGAGGCCUGUCCAUAGCAGAAACAGCUAGCCUGGUUAUGUCCAAAGGUAAAUGCCUACCAGUGCUGCUAAAGCCACGUUAGCGGUCACCUUUCAAAGUAGUUCCCAAAAUUCAUUAAAUAGAAUAACCCCCCCCCAAUUAAAAGCAAAGGCUUUCUAAUAACUUAAACUGAAUCUUCAGGUGUGUUUCCACCCUCAGAGGUUUUCACUGUAAUGCAGUAAAGAUGUCAGAGUGUUUUUCAUAACACAGGAUUGCACUCUUUAUCACCGCUAGACUUCUUCAAAGGGUAAUUCCACCAAAAUUUACUUCAAGAAGAAAGAAAAUAAAUAAAUAAUAAUAAUUCCCCAAAGUCAGUCCAUGUUAAUAAAUCAAGGGCACCCAAGAAAUGAAAAGUCAACUUUGAUGGAAACCCCUUGGAUGAAGCAGCAUCAUGUGCCAUUGUUAUUGUUGCAGUGUCAAACACUGACCUUUAGAAAUAUGCUUAGUUUGUCAGCGUCUUAGGAUAAAGGGAUUCUGCAUGUUGAGCCAUUUUAUUUAUUUGUAAAUGUGUUUUAUUUAAUUUUCCUGACUGAACUGUGAAACCAGGGGAGCUCAUAACUAAUUCAACUUCAGAUACAAAACAUUUGACUGACAGAUUGUUUCUGAUGCCAAAAUCAAGAGGCCUUAAUUCAGCAAAACUAGAUUGUAGAAAAGAAAAUCCACUUAAAGACUCCUUUGACCUGAAAGUCACGAGUGAUUCAUAUAUGAAAUGUUAAGAAAACCACUUUUGUACUCAUUUUUACAGACUAUUUAUUAAACUGUGAUUUUGUAAGAAAUAAA